AAACAUGGCAAUCGUGUCAAGAGAUAAGUACAGGUCCUUUCUUCAUGAUGCAGGAGACAACAUACAGUGGAGACAUGGAGCUCCUCCUACCUAUGAUGAUGUUAAUCACCUCUUCGAGGAAGGCCGAACCAAGGAAUGGCCAGAAGGAUCACUAGAAGAAACAGUGCAGAAUGCUGUCAAGUCAUGGGAGAUGGAGCUAUCACACAAGACUCGCAUACAAGAUUUUAAAACCAUAAAUCCAGAGAAAUUCAAGCUCAUAGUGAAUGGAGGAGAAGGGUUGUCAGCAGAAGAGACUCUAAAGUUGGGAAGCUACAAUGCUUUGUUGAAGAAUUCUCUGCCAGAUGAGUUCAAGUAUUACAAAGCAGAAGAAGAGACAUUUGAAUCAUCGCACGAAGCUUUUCGAUCGGCUUUGCCUCGCGGGUUUGCCUGGGAAGUCCUCAGUGUUUACUCAGGACCUCCUGCUAUUGUGUUCAAGUUUAGGCACUGGGGAUACUUUGAAGGACCCUUCAAGGGUCAUGCCCCUACUGGAGACAUGGUUCAGUUCUUUGGCUUGGCAGUUCUAAAGGUUGACGAAUCACUGAGAGCAGAGGAGGUGGAGGUUUACUAUGACCCUGCAGAGCUAUUUGGAGGCCUAUUCAAAGGACCAAAAGAUGAAGACAAAGCUCAAGUUGCUUCAGCGUCUCAAAGCUGUCCAUUUAUUAAACAAAUAGACUGAAAUGAGUACAUAUACAUACACAUAUGCGUAUAGAUAUGUGUGAGUGUUUGUGUAUGAUACAUGCUAUGAUUAAUGAUUAAUCUACUCUAAAUAACAAGCCAGGCAUGAUUGAAAA